AUGGCAGACAAUCAGCCAGAACAGAAAACCGAGCUUCCCCUCAGCUCCCUCUCCCGAGCUCUGGUCAGUCGCCGAAGCCACAGGUCACUGGCCUCCCAAUUCCGAUCAAAUAGAUCUGCAAGAGAUGUCGAAGCCUCGGGAGCCGCGCACUCAGAUCCAUUGGGACUCUCACCUCUAAUAAAAGCAGAGUCAGAAAUAUCAUCUAUACAGGUGGAAAAGAGACGCAAAAUUUCCAUUCACCCCGAGAAGCCUGUCAAAGAAUUCUACGAAGUGCAAAAUGAAGAGAUUCGGUCCUUCCUGACGCCCGUGGAGCAGCAUCAGCAGUCCCUAGAGGACACUCAAUCCGCCUCGGGUCUCCGAUAUCAAAUUGCCGUCAAAGGCAGCCUUUGCGCCAAUGUCUGUCUCUCGGGUCUGCAGCUCUAUGCCGCCAUCUCGUCGGGGUCCCUGUCGUUAAUUACAACUAUGGUGGACUCAUGCUUCGAUCCCUUCUCGGGACUCUUGCUUUACUUGGCCCACCGGACAGUUACAAAGGCUAGCCCAACCAAAUACCCGGUCGGCAGAGCGCGCAUAUCCACAGCUGGCAACAUCGUAUUUUCUUUCGUCAUGUUCACUGUGUCAGUCGUUAUCUUGGUCCAGGCUCUCCAGACAUUCAUCGAAGGCUCUACCGCUGAAACGCGCCCUUUCUUCUUGCCGUCCAUCAUCUCAGUGUCAGCAGCUUUCUUCACAAAGUUCUGCCUGUUUCUGUACUGCUGGACCAUCAAGCAUCUGUUUUCACAGGUUGAGAUUCUUUGGAGAGACCAUCGCAAUGACCUCUUCCUCAAUGGCUUUGGUAUUUUGACCUCAGUCGGGGGCAGCAAGCUGCGCUGGUGGAUUGAUCCAAUGGGAGCCACCAUACUGUCCGUAACAAUCGCUGCUCUUUGGCUGCACACGGCAUAUGAUGAAUUCCAACUCAUCAUUGGGGUGUCGGCGGAGCGCGAAACGCUGCGCUUGAUCACUUAUAUCGCCAUGACCCACUCGCCAGAGAUACAGCAAAUUGACACAGUCCGGGCAUAUUACUGUGGUCCACGACUGAUUGCAGAGGUUGAUGUUGUCAUGCGCCCGGACGAGCGUGUCGAAAUCGCACAUGACGUGGCAGAGGCGCUGCAGAUCAAGCUGGAGAAACUUCCUUCCGUAGAAAGAGCAUACGUCCACAUAGACUACGAGACAAGCCACAAGCCAGAGCAUUGUCUGAAAAAGUUGACUUGA